CUGAGUUCUUUUUGGAUGAGUUUGCUGCAUUUACUGACAGCCAAACUGAAAUGAGACUGGUUCUUCCCAAUCCCGGUCUUGACGACCGGAUCCCUUCCCAUGCCGACCUGGAAAGGAUGGAAAAGGAGGAAGCCGGGGACAGGCCCAAAUGGGACAACAAAGCCCAGUAUCUUCUCACCUGCGUGGGGUUUUGUGUGGGUCUUGGGAACGUCUGGAGGUUUCCUUACCUGUGUCAAAGUCAUGGAGGAGGUGCAUUUAUGAUCCCGUUUCUUAUCCUGCUCAUCCUGGAGGGCAUCCCACUUUUGCACUUAGAGUUUGCCAUCGGCCAGCGCCUGAGGAAGGGCAGUGUGGGCGUUUGGAUUGCAAUUAACCCUUACUUGGCCGGAGUUGGUAUUGCAUCAAUGACAGUCUCCUUCUUGGUGGGUAUGUACUAUAACACCAUCAUCGCCUGGGUGAUGUGGUACUUCUUUCACUCGUUCCAGAGUCCCCUACCAUGGAGCCAGUGUCCUCUCAAUGACAACCUCACCGCUCCAGUAUCAGAAUGCAAAUGGAGCUCCUCCGUAGACUACUUCUGGUACAGAGAGACACUCAACAUGUCAGCAAAUAUCGAUGAUGCUGGAGCUCUGCAGUGGUGGAUUGUUCUCUGUUUAAUUGCCGCUUGGACUGUGCUCUACAUUUGCUGCAUUAGAGGGAUUGAGACCACAGGCAAGGCCGUGUACAUCACUUCCACUCUGCCGUAUUUGGUCCUCACCAUUUUCCUCGUCAGAGGACUGACUCUCAAAGGAUCUGUUGAAGGAAUCAAAUUUCUCUUCACACCAGAUCUUCAAGAGCUGAUGAACCCAUCAACAUGGUUGGAUGCCGGUGCCCAAGUUUUCUAUUCUUUUUCAUUGGCCUUUGGAGGACUUAUUUCAUUCUCCAGCUACAACCCUGUUCAUAAUAACUGUGAGAAAGACGCUGUCACCAUCUCCAUUAUUAAUGGCUGCACGUCGGUCUACGCCGCCACCGUCAUCUACUCCAUCAUUGGCUUCCGGGCAACUGCUCAGUUUGACGCCUGCUUUGAUGAGAACUUCAUGAAGCUCGUGAACGCCUUUGAUCUCCCUGAGGGGAGCGUCACGGGGAGCAACUAUGAUGAAACGCUGCAAAUGCUCAACAGCACCGCCUCUGGGCCGGAGAUCAUUCAAGGGUUGGAGCUUAAAAACUGCAGCUUGAGGGCAUUUCUUAGUGAUGGGGUGGAGGGAACAGGUCUGGCCUUUAUUGUCUUCACAGAGGCCAUCACCAAGAUGCCCAUUUCUCCUCUCUGGUCUGUCCUCUUUUUCAUCAUGCUCUUCUGUCUUGGGCUCUCCACCAUGUUCGGAAGUGUCGAGGGGGUGGUCGUUCCCUUACAGGAUCUAAACAUUUUUCCCAAGACGUGGCCAAAAGAAGUGCUGACAGGAAUUGUAUGCCUUACGUCCUUGUUGAUUGCGCUCAUCUUUGGUCUGCAAUCGGGUAAUUACUGGUUAGCGCUCUUUGAUAACUAUGCUGGCUCCAUUCCUCUGCUGAUUAUUGCCUUCUGUGAGAUGGUUGCUGUAGCCUACCUGUAUGGGAUGAAUAGGUUUAACAAGGAUAUAGAAUUCAUGAUUGGACACAAACCCAACAUCUUCUGGCAGGCCACAUGGAGAGUGGUCAGCCCCUUGAUCAUCUUUGUCAUCUUUGUGUUCUACUUUGUCACCAAAGUCAGCGCUCAACUCACAUACAUCGCCUGGAAUCCAAACUCGGAAAACUUCCCCGUGUUAGAUAUAUUGCCAUAUCCAAACUGGAUCUACAGCAUCAUCUUCAUUCUGGCUGGGGUUCCAAGUCUUUUGAUCCCAGGAGCUGCUCUUUACAAAUUAAUAAAAAGACGGUGCUGCAAGAAAUCCAUCAAAAAAUCUGAGCUCGACACCAUUUCUGCCAAAGUUAGCAUGUAGACACUUGCGGAAGAUGAUACUGUUUGAAUGAUGUGAUGUAGAUUGAAAAGAAAAGGACAUGCCAAACUGCACUAAGGCAUAAUGAAUUUAUAAAACAAA